GAAUACUAAUAAUUGCCUUCUAUAAAGAGAAGGCCAUCUUCUUCUACGUUAACUACUUCAAACGAACGAAGAAAGAACAUUAGAUCAGAUUAGAGAUCACACAAAAACCAAGGCAGUUAACUAUGUCCUCCUUGCUUGAAACUGUUCUUCUGCAGCAACAAGCUGUAAAACUCCUGCUUGGGGUACUUGUAAUAUUGUCAGCAGCAAUAUUUGUAGCAGCAGCGGCAGCUGAACCCAAUUCCAGCUGCGUCACUACAUGCGGAUCGCUUCAUGACAUCCCCUAUCCAUUUGGAACAUCCAAAGGCUGCUAUCUUGACUCAUCUUUUCUCAUUACUUGUAAGUCCUCCUCGUCCUCUGGGAAGAGUACUCAAACACCAUUUCUGGGCGUUAGUAACAUAAAGGUACUCAACAUAUCGUUGGAUGGUGAACUUCGUGUCUCAACUUCUGUAGCCCGUGUUUGCCCACAGAAAUUGGACAAUUAUACCAGCUAUAAGUAUACCGGAUAUAACUAUAUUGAUACCUUGCUAGAGUUUCCCAUGUCAGAUAAAAAAAAUGUGUUCAUCGCCGUUGGUUGCAACACUAGAGCGAUCAUAGACUCAUACGAGAAUCUGUAUUCAAUUGGAUGCAGGUCAAGAUGUGAAAACAUCUACGAUAUGGUUAAUGGGUCUUGCUCUGGUGUAGGCUGUUGCCAGGCUCCUAUCCCAACUGGAAUGACAGAUUUUUCCAUCGAUGUUAGGCUUUACAACGGCUCCACAGUGAGAAAAUUCAAUACAUGUGGUUUCGCCUUUGUGGUGGAAAAAAAAGAAUACAACUUUUCAACCUUAGAUCUUCAGAAUAUGCAGAAUAAAGAUGCUUUUCCUUUGGUGCUAGAUUGGGCAAUUGGGAGCCAGACAUGCGAAGAUGCUAAGGAGGAUACUACAGGAUAUGCAUGUAAGUCAGCGAAUAGUCAAUGUUACGAUUCCACAAACGGUCCUGGGUAUCGCUGCAGCUGCUCCUCAGGCUAUUACGGAAACCCAUACCUCUCUGAUGGUUGCAAGGAUAUUGAUGAGUGUGGAAUUCAAAUUCAUGGGUGCGCUGCUGAUGCUACAUGCGUCAACCAUGUGGGGUUUUACACCUGUUUAUGCCCCAAAGGGUACGAAGGAGAUGGGCGAAAAGAAGGAACUGCUUGCAGAGCUCAAGGAAGCGAUUCUAGAAAAAUUAUUCCGAUUGCCAUAAUUGGUGCUAGUACAUUUGGGGUAUUAUUUCUACUUAUUGGUGGAUGGGGGUCAUACAAAGUGGUAAAGAAAAGGCAAAGAAUUGCACGUAGGCAGGAGUUCUUUAAAUGAAAUGGCGGACUGUUGUUACAACAUCAAAUAUCUCAAAGCGAAUUGGAUGUUGCAAACAGGAAAUUAUUUAAUUCAAAGGACUUGGAGAAAGCCACUGACCAUUUUAAUGAUAACAGAAUACUUGGUCAAGGUGGACAAGGAACUGUUUACAAAGGUAUGUUAGAGGAUGGAAGAAUCGUUGCUGUGAAAAAGUCAAAGAUAAUUAAUGAAGGAAAGCUUCAAGAAUUCAUUAAUGAAGUUGUCGUUCUUUCCCGAAUUAAUCAUAGGAACAUUGUUAAACUACUUGGUUGUUGCUUAGA